GUACCACAAAUGUGCUGAGCAAAACAAAAACAGCUGAUCUUGAAAAUAUUCAUAUUGUGUUAACCUAACAGUCAAUGAUUGUUAAUUUAUUGUUCGUAUUAAUUAUAAACAUUUAACACUAAAUUCCAACUCUAAUAAAUUAAAAAACAAAGAAAAAUUCAAUAAGAUGGCAUCAAGAUUCAGUGGAGCACUACAAAUAACAUCUCUAGAUGAUUUCAUCACUCCAUCACAAGAAUGUAUCAAGCCAAUUGAUAUGAAAAAGUCCAAAAUUGUAACUGGAGCUAAAAUAAAAAUACAAGAUGAUGGUGCCUACAUGGAAAUCAAUGAGAAAGGAUCAGAAAAAUUAGAAAAAGUUGAAAUAACACUUGCUGAUUGUUUAGCAUGUUCAGGAUGUAUAACAUCAGCUGAAAGUGUUUUAGUAUCACAACAAAGUCAAGAAGAAUUACUACGUAUAUUUGAAGAAAAAAAAAUGAAUGAAAGCAAUAAUGUAAAUACAAAAUUUAUUGUUGUUAGUUUAUCAAUACAGCCAAUACUAUCAUUAGCUGAAAGAUAUUCAAUGAAUCCACAAGAAACAAUUGAAAAAAUUGCUGGUUAUUUUCGUGAACUUGGUGCUGAUAUGAUACUUGAUAUGACAAUUGCUGAUGAUUUUGCAUUACUUGAAUGUGCUAAAGAAUUUGUUGAUAAAUAUCGUGAUAAUAAUAAUAUGAAAAAUGAUAAAAUACCAAUGUUAGCAUCAUCAUGUCCAGGUUGGGUAUGUUAUGCUGAAAAAACACAUGGUAAUUUUAUUCUUCCUUAUAUAAGUUCUACAAAAUCACCACAACAAAUAAUGGGAUCAUUGGUUAAAAAUUAUUUAGCUGAUAUUAAAAAUAUAUCAUGUGAAAAUAUUUAUCAUGUUACAUUAAUGCCAUGUUAUGAUAAAAAAUUGGAAGCAUCAAGAGAUGAUUUUUAUAAUAAAUUAAAAGAAACAAGAGAUGUUGAUUGUGUCAUUACAUCAAUUGAACUGGAACAAAUGUUGGAUCAACAAAAGAAAGAUUUAUCAUCACAAAAACCAGAUAAAAUUGAUCGUCCUUUUGAAACAAUUGAGGAAAAUCUUGAUUAUGAAUUAAAAUCACAUCGAGGCUCUGGAUCUGGUGGUUAUGCUGAUUUUAUAUUUGAUUAUGCUGCUAGAAAAUUAUUUAAUAUUGAUAAUGUUAAACUUGAAUAUAAAACAAUUAGAAAUCCAGAUUUUCAAGAAGUUUUAUUGGAACGUGAUGGUAAAAUUUUAUUGCAUUUUGCAAUAACAAAUGGUUUUAGAAAUAUUCAAAAUUUAGUACAAAAGAUAAAACGAGCAAAAGAAAAAUGUUCAUAUCAUUAUGUUGAAGUUAUGGCAUGUCCAGCAGGUUGUCUAAAUGGUGGUGCACAAAUACGACCAAAGGAUGGAUCUCAACCACGUGAUUUGGCAUUAAAAUUAGAAAAAAAAUAUCAUGAAAUACCAGAGAGUAAUCCUGAAGACAAUAAGCUGAUUAAUAAACUUUACACGAGUUGGUUAGAUUCCGAGAACUCGGACAAAGCUCAAGCACUUUUAAAAACUCAAUAUCAUAAAAUUGAAAAAAUGAACACUGCACUUGCUAUGAAGUGGUAAAAAUUAAUUAUCAUUAAUAUCAACUACAUAAUUCCCAUUAGAUUUUUUUUGUAUUUAUUUAUCAGUGGUAAUAAUAAAUGAUUGAGUUUAUUUUAAAUAAAAAUCUUGGACCCUGAUAAUGUGCAUCCUUAAAAAUAACAAAAAUCAAACUUAAUUUGUACAACUUAUUUAAUGGUGAAAUACAUAACAAUAAUGAAAAUCAAAUAACAAAACAACAACAACAAGUGUAUUACAUAAAUAUAAAUUAAAAUAAUAAUUAUGUUUAAAAAA